AUGAAGAUUGCGACGGAGUUAAAUGUGAAGAUUGUGACGGGAUUGGAUAUGAAGAUUGUAGCCGAGUUGGAAAUGAAGAUUGGGACGGAGUUGGAUAUGAAGGUUGUGACGGAGUUGGAUAUGAAUAUUGGGACGGGAUUGGAAAUGAGGAUUGGGACGGAGUUGGAUAUGGAGGUUGUGAUGGAGCUGCCGGGGAAGUAG